AUGGACAUAACGCAGACGCGAAAGCUAAACGGACUCUUGGUCGGUGGAAGGACGCCCCGGGGUGAUGGUUGGCAGCCUGCAGAUUCGGGUGCUACAGAGGAUAAACUUGACCUGCGAGGUGGAACAGCCGGGUUUGUGAAUCUGAAGAAAGUAAUGGACUGUGCCUAUUUGUACCCACCCAGCUGGCGCGCGAAGGAUCUAUUAAGGGGUCUCAGUUUCGCGUUCUGGGAGCAGAAUCAGGUUGAGCUUUGUGGAGGUUUUCCAGGGUAUCAAGUUACCAAAGCAGAUGCAUUCUACCGGUUGGAACAAGAAACACCAUGGAUAAUAGAGGAAGAAAGCCAGAGUCAGAUUCAUCCAGAAGACACCUGGCAAGUUGAUAAUCAUAGAGACUGGCACAAAGGAAACCAUGGCAACCUAGAAACUAUGGAGAGUUACCACAAAGAUGAUGCAUUUGGAAAAAUAUCUUCUCUGAGCUUAAACCUUGAUAUCUCCUUAGCACAAAGAUCUCAUACACUUGACAUACUUGGGAAACAUUUGAAACCUAAUCUAGAGUGUAUUACUCAGAAUAAGAGCUAUGCAAGAAAUGAAGUUGGAUUUAAUCAAUAUGACAAAUUAUUUCUUUACACUAAGCAUGAGAAAAUUCAUACUGGACAAAAAUACAAUGAAUAUAAUGAACAUAUGAAAGUUUUCAGCCAUAAGUCACAGCUUAUUAAAUAUUGGAAAACUCAAACAGCAGAGAAACACUGUAACUGCAGUGACUGUGGGAAAGCCUUUUCUCAGAAGUCGGACCUCAUUAAGCAUCAGAGAACACACACAGGAGAGAAAUCCUUUGGAUGCAGUAGAUGUCAGAAAGCCUUCAGGCGGAAGUCCCAUCUCAUUUUACACCAGAGAACCCAUACAGGAGAGAAACACUAUGAGUGCAACAAAUGCGGGAAAGCCUUUACUGAUAACGAUAAGUCACAACUCACUUUACAUCAAAGAACUCACACAGAAGAGAAACCCUACAGAUGUGAAGAAUGUCAGAAAAGCUUCAGCAAUAAGUCACAGCUCAUUAUUCAUCAGAGAUCUCACACAGGAGAGAAACCCUAUGGUUGCAGUGAGUGUGGGAAAACAUUUCCCCUUAAGUUUAGCCUCAUUUUACAUCAAAAAACACAUACAGGGGAAAAACCUUAUGGAUGCAGUGAAUGUGGGAAAGCCUUCAUCCAGAGAUCUGAGCUCAUUAGACAUCAGAGAACUCACACAGGAGAGAAACCAUAUAAUUGCAGUGACUGUGGAAAAGGCUUUAGUGUAAAGUCACUCCUCAAUACUCACUUGAGAACUCACACAGGAGAGAAGCCCUACGGAUGCAGUGAAUGUGGAAAAACAUUCUCCAUCAAAUUUAGUCUCAUCCUACACCAAAGAACUCAUACAGGUGAGAAACCCUAUGAAUGCAGUCAGUGUCAGAAAGCUUUCACCCAAAAGUCACAUCUCACUAUUCAUCAGAGGUCUCACACUGGAGAGAAACCUUAUGAGUGCAGUGAAUGCCACAAAGCUUUCAGCCGGAAGUCAUAUCUCCUUAUUCAUCAGAGAAUUCACUCGGGAGAGAAACCUUAUGAAUGCCAUGAAUGUGGGAAAGCUUUCUGUCACAAGUCACAUCUUAUUAUACAUCAAAGAACUCACACAGGUGAGAAACCUUAUGGAUGCAGUGAGUGUUGGAAAACUUUCUCCCACAAGUUCAGCCUCAUUUUACAUCAGAAAACUCAUAGAGAGCAAUUCUUGUGCAGUGUUGUUCGCAACUCUUCCAGCCUCGCCGCACAGGGGAUGAAGUAUCCGGGAGGCGAGGCGCAGACGGCGCGGACACAUUACCCUCUAAGGAGAAGCUGGAAGUCUAAUUGUCCGUGCUGCGUAGAAAAGUUUCAGUCCCUCAUCGGCCGCCGUAGUCUGUUGCCGAAGCUGGCUUUAGAGAACUUGAAAUGA